GCCAACCACCGCAAUACACCCGGGCAUGCCGGACUUCGUCCAUGGUUACCGCGCACCGGACCAUGGUUUGCAGGCCGCCAGUGCACCAAUAAUGGCCAUCCCGUGCUCCGCUCCCCCCAUAUAUACCCGGCCUCCCGCUUCGCACCGCUGCACCAAACUCACCCACCUCUUCCCCCGCCCUCUGGAGCACAAGUCCGAGCUAGCUAGAAGAAGCCUCCGUCUCCAACCAUAUACCAUGGCGGCAUCGGUGGCCUGCGCCUUCUUCUUCGACGCCGAGCCGGUGGGCGAGCCCGGCAUGCCGGCGCUGGACGCGUGCGCGCUCUGCGCCAAGCCGCUGGCGCGCGACAGCGACGUCUUCAUGUACAGAGGGGACACGCCCUUCUGCAGCGAGGAGUGCCGCCACGAGCAGAUGCACCUCGACGCUGUCUGCGCCAGGCAGGCCGCCCGGAGGCUGCAGCGGUUCACGGCGGAGGCGGAGUGCCACCGUGGGCAGCGGCAGUCCAGGAAGGUGUCCAUCGCGAGCUAGCCGGCCGGCCCCGGAAAGUAUUGUUUGGAUCCAAAAUAUCUGGAUUCUGAAGAAAACAACAUCUGUAUUCUGAAGAACCAUCGAUGUCUCUUGGGAGGCGUUGUCUGAUGUCUCCCUCUCCGGCCGGUGCUCUAGCUUUGGCGCCGCCUACGAGAGGCAGGGCAGCAUCAGGCGGCACGAAGCACAGGUGCCUGUAGCUUCCCGCAUGUGUCCAUGACAAGCUAAUUAAGCUGCCCGGAUGGGAGUAAAUUGUACUUGUUCAGUUGUUCUCGGUCGAUCUGUCAUGUGCCGAUGAAUUAUUUGAUUAGAAAUGAAAACAGAAAAGUAAACACCAUGGAUCUGAAGAGAGCAAUCAGACAUGAUUCACAAUUUGUUUA